GAAGCUGCUGGGCGGCGAUUGAAUAUAAGCAUAAGCAGGGAAAUGUGAUUGUACUCUGAGUCCGAAUCUUCUGUCAUUGCUCAUGGACGAAACCAAUUACCCGCACAAAUAGCGAGCCCUCGGUUCCUGUCGGUCCAGUGGCCCCCUAUGAUGGAACGGGCCAUGGAGCAGCUCAACCGUCUGACCCGUUCUCUCCGCCGAGCAAGAACCGUGGAAUUACCCGAAGAUAACGAGACCGCUGUUUACACACUCAUGCCCAUGGUGAUGGCUGACCAGCACAGGUCGGUGUCCGAGUUGCUUCUUAAUUCCAAGUUUGAUGUGAACUACGCCUUUGGACGUGUGAAAAGGAGUCUAUUGCACAUCGCUGCAAAUUGUGGAUCGGUGGAGUGCUUGGUUCUGCUGUUGAAAAAAGGGGCCAACCCAAACUACCAGGAUAUUUCUGGUUGCACCCCAUUACACCUUGCUGCUAGAAAUGGACAGAAGAAGUGUAUGGGAAAACUACUGGAAUAUAAUGCUGAUGUCAACAUCUGCAACAAUGAGGGACUAACCGCUAUCCAUUGGUUGGCUGUGAAUGGGAGAACGGAGCUUCUUCAUGAUCUGGUCCAACAUGUGUCUGAUGUGGAUGUGGAGGAUGCCAUGGGACAGACCGCGCUACAUGUAGCCUGUCAGAAUGGGCACAAAACUACUGUGUUAUGUCUUCUGGAUAGUGGAGCAGACAUCAACCGGCCUAAUGUAUCCGGAGCCACGCCUCUAUAUUUUGCCUGCAGCCACGGACAAAGAGAUACUGCACAGAUCCUGCUGUCUCGAGGGGCCAAAUACCUUCCUGAUAAGAAUGGAGUGACUCCGCUGGAUCUCUGCGUGCAGGGAGGAUAUGGAGAAACCUGUGAGAUCCUCAUCCAGCACCACGUCAGGCUCUUUCAGAUGCUCAUUCAAAUGACACAGAAUGAUGACAUUAAAGAAAACAUGCUAAGGCAGGUCCUGGAGCAUGUGUCGCAGCAAAGUGAUUUUCAUUAUCAGAGAACCCUGACCAGCCUUGCUGAGGUUGCCACCACCAACGGACACAAGCUGCUCAGUUUGUCCAGCAAUUAUGAAGCUCAAAUGAAGAGUCUGCUGAGAAUUGUCCGCAUUUUUUGUCAUGUAUUUCGCUUGGGACCAUCCUCCCCCAACAAUGGGAAUGACAUGGGCUACAACGGGAACAAAACUCCACGCAGUCAAGUCUUUAAGAUGCGAGUGAGAGAGAUGGACGCAGCGAUGUCACUCAAAGCAGAGUGUUCCUGGAUAGACUCUGCUGUCUUAGACCCGCUUGAAUUGCUUUGGCACUCACUGGAUGAGUGGCUGGUGCUGAUAUCCACGGAGUUGGACAGGAACACGAAGAACCCCUCUUCAUCGUCCUCCAGCAGUGAAAUCGCCUCACUCCUUCUCAAACAGAUUGAGGUUGAGAAUGAUGGCUCACCCAAGAAGCUCCCCUCUGCACUUGACCAUCAGGUUGUCAUGGACAAUGAGGUGUGUGCAGAUGGAGAGGAUGUCAUUUCCAUGACUGCCAACCGCCUCAGUGCUGUGAUACAGGCCUUCUACAUGUGCUGCUCCUGCCAGAUGCCACAGGGAAUGACAUCGCCACGUUUCAUUGAGUUUGUCUGCAAGCACGACGGGGUGCUCAAGUGUUUUGUCACCAGAAAUCCAAAAAUCAUCUUCAAUCAUUUCCACUUCCUGCUGGAGUGUCCUGAGUUGAUGUCACGGUUUAUGCAUAUCAUAAAGGGGCAGCCUUUCAAAGAUCGCUGUGAGUGGUUCUACGAGCAUUUGCUUGCUGGUCAGCCGGACUCUGGUAUGGUUCACCGCCCGGUCAACGAGAACGACAUCCUGCUCAUACACAGAGGUACACAAUUGUGUUCAGGAAAGACCUUGGAAUCAAUAUUUCGGAGUAGCUGUGAGAUGGUGUCCAAAUCAACUAACGAGAAACUCAAGCAAGGCAUUGCUGUCCGCUUCCAUGGAGAAGAAGGCAUGGGUCAGGGAGUUGUUCGAGAGUGGUUUGACAUUCUGUCCAAUGAAAUCAUCAACCCAGACUACGCUCUGUUCACUCAGUCGGCUGAUGGUACCACCUUCCAGCCCAACAGCAACUCCUCUGUGAACCCAGACCAUCUAAAUUACUUUCGUUUUGCUGGUCAUAUCCUUGGUCUGGCGCUGUACCAUCGACAGCUGGUCAACAUUUAUUUCACCCGCUCCUUCUACAAGCACAUACUAGGCAUCCCCGUGAACUACCAGGAUGUGUCCUCUAUUGAUCCUGACUAUGCCAAAAACUUACAGUGGAUCUUGGACAAUGACAUCAGUGACUUGGGUUUGGAACUUACUUUUUCAGUAGAGACUGAUGUGUUUGGUGCCAUGGAGGAAGUGCCACUCAAACCGGGAGGCACUAGCAUUCUGGUCACCCAGGACAACAAAGCUGAAUAUGUCCAGCUGGUCACUGAGCUGAGGAUGACUCGUGCCAUCCAACCGCAGAUCAAUGCUUUCCUGCAGGGCUUCCAUACCUUCAUCCCACCGUCUCUUAUUCAGCUUUUUGACGAGUAUGAACUGGAGCUGCUGCUUUCUGGGAUGCCAGAGAUCGAUGUUCAAGACUGGUGGAAAAACACAGAAUACACCAGUGGUUAUGACUCCCAAGAACAAGUGGUUCAGUGGUUCUGGGAAGUGGUGAGAAGUCUGACCCAGGAAGAACGAAUCCUGAUGCUUCAGUUCGUCACUGGAAGCUCCAGGGUUCCACAUGGGGGCUUUGCUUACCUGAUGGGUGGCAGUGGUUUGCAGAAGUUCACCAUUGCUGCAGUACCAUACACAUCAAACAUGCUGCCCACCUCCAGUACCUGCAUCAACAUGCUGAAACUUCCAGAAUAUCCCAGCCAGGAAGUCCUGAAAGACCGUCUCCUGGUGGCGUUGCACUGUGGAAGCUACGGCUACACUAUGGCCUGACCUGGUUCUGGGUAGUGAGGACCAGAUGUCACCUGCUUGUGUUUAAUGAACCAAAGGGAAAUCCAGACCAUCGGUGGGAGUGUAGCUCCCACAUGAUGCCAUUGCUUCAUUUUUUUUCGUAUACGUAUCCCUGAGGACAUUUUUUAACAAGAAUUUUCAUACUCGUGUUAUUUUUACAACACAAGGGAAGCUAUCUGAGAUGUUUGCAUUUGUAUAUUACGAGUUCAUUUUCGAUCUUGUUAAUCCAAAAUCGGUCCAUUCAGUCUGUGCCUACCAAAGGUAACUCUUGCAAACAUGUCAUGAAGUCACGAAAAGUUCUCAGGAGAAACCCACUGUAUUAGGCAAGACCUGAGUUUCUAAAGUGAAUACUGUCUUUGAAUGCUGGCAUAGAAUCCCAGGAACCUGGUAGACAUCGCCUAGUCAACCCUCUGUAACCACAGGAUACAGGAUUUGGAUCUGUGCCAAGUUCACUGCCAAGUUUUGUAACCCGAUCUUUGUCCUGGAGAACAACACACGUCAGUGUAUUGGCAAACAUGUUGAGACUCCCUGUUAACAGAUCUUGUUUAGUGUAUUUAUUGCAACUCUGCUUGCUGUCCGUGUUAAAUGGUUUUUAAGGGAGUUAUUUAAUUUGUGUCACAUCAAGGGUUCAAUGAGACACAUGCUUCGGAACACUCACAUCAUAAAUAAAGACACACCCUGUUGGUGCGGAUGUGGCGUGUGGCUGCUGGAAUCACAUUUGUUGAGCUCUGGAGCAUCGAGGUGGCUUGUGUUUGGUACUCCAGAAAAUGGGCCAAAGAGAUGAUGCGCGUCUCUUUGCAGAACAUCCAGAAAAGUCUCAGAGCAAUCCAGGCUGAGAGUUAGUGUUCUUCGAGUUGCACAAGUGAGGCAGUAGUAGGAUCGCUCUGAACAGUCACUGAUGCUGUAACUGUUUCUACCACAUUAUGUUUAAAAAGUGUCAUGUUAGAGCAGACAAUCCUUACCUUGCAUUGUUGACUUGGACAUACAACUCUUGAGAAUGCUUUAUCUUUUGCUACUCUGCCUUUGAUUUUGUGAAUCGGUUGUUGUGACCCAUAUGACUUGAACCUGUGUUGUUAGUUUGCCUUGGUGUUUUUAGCAGAGACGUUACCUGAAUCUUAUUAAACAGUCCAGUGAUUCUCGAACAAAAAAAAAAAAAGUUGCCCACUUCGCGCACGAACACUGGCUUAAGUGACACCUGUAGAUCAAGUGUGACAUGGUGUCAUGCGAUUGACUGAACUAUUAUAUACAUCUUUUGUGCCACAUCAUGCAAUAAAUGUCACAAACCUGAUAUGUAAUGAAUAGUGAGUCUCAUUCUUUUAACAAAUAAA